GCUCUCAGUGCAUACCCAACAGAACAGGCUGUGACUUCAGUUUUAGAAAGAAUUGCUAUUGCGGAACUCAUUACUGCUGUCAGUGUAAACUUGGAACUGAGUGUGAAGCCGGCAUUGCUAAAGCAGUCACCCAUGUUGCUUGGGAAGGUCUGCAGCCACCUUUGUCCUAUUGUUUAGCACUCAGUAUAUAUGGGCUGACAUUAAAGUCACCUCGCUACAGAGAUUCAGAUGAGAAUAUCAUGGGGUACAAAAGUGUGUGGUUUGGACUGUGUUGUAUUCUCUUUGCUUACUAUAUUUAUACUCCCUUACCAGAAGCCAUUGAAGAACCUUGGAAAGUAAUGGUCGUGGAUGCUGGUAUAAAACUCACUUCAAUGACGGCAAUCUUGUUUGAAAACAUAGGUCUUAUGAAAUAUGAAGAAUUAUUUCUUAUGUUAAUAACACUGGACUAUACAGAAGCAAUAUCAGAUGAAAAUGUUACAGUGACUGACACGACAUUUGGUGGCAUUUCAGUCCGUUUGUACUUGCCAAAGAACAAGUCAGAAAGACAGAAACCAGCUGUAAUUUAUGUUCACGGUGGUGCCUUUGUCUUAGGAAGUUGUAAGCAGACGGCAUACGACUCCUUGAAUAGAUGGACGGCAAACAAACUUGGUGCUGUGGUUGUUGGAGUGGACUACAGAUCACCUCCUCGGUAUCAAUUUCCAGUUUCCCUUGAAGAUGUGGUUUCUGUGGUCAAGUUCUUUCUAAAAGAUGAUAUUGUCGUAAAAUAUGGAGUGGAUCCCACUCGAGUCUGCAUAACAGGAGAUAGUUCCGGGGGUUCGCUAGCAGCGAAAGCAACACAACUGCUACAAAAUGAUCCAGAUUUCAAAAUUAAAAUCAAAGCACAAGCUUUAAUUUACCCUUGCUUACAAGUAUUUGAUACUUCAACACCCUCUCACCAAGACAAUGAACAGGGUCCAAUUCUGUCAAGGGAUUUGGCAAUUAGAUUGGCACACCUAUAUUUGGCCAAUGAUAAAGCACUGCAUCAGGCAAUGAGCGUAAACCAACACAUGCCUCAGGAAUCGAGACAUCUAUUCAAGUAUGUCAACUGGAGUAUUCUUCUUCCUGAUAAGUUUAAAAAGAAUCAUGUUUAUACUGAACCAAUUUUUCGAAGACUGAACCCUUCUUAUCCAGAACUUAUGGAUAGUAAAUUGUCACCCUUGGUAGCCAAUGAUUCUGAGUUGCAAAAUUUGCCAUUAACAUAUAUUGCCACCUGUCAAUAUGAUAUCCUUAGAGAUGAUGGACUUCUAUACGUCACACGACUUCAAAACCUUGGCGUUCAAGUUACUCAUGACCAUUUGGAGGAUGGAUUUCAUGGGGCUCUAUCACUUAUGACAUCCCCAGUAUAUUUACGUCUUGGGAUGAAAAUAAAAGAUAAAUAUAUUAGUUGGUUAGAAAAAAAUCUGUGAACACGUAAAUUGUAUAUUUAGCUGUCUGAUCAUUUCAGUUGUUAGUAUAAUCCAAGGGUUCUCUUUUGAAUUAUUGUGAGUUUUACGGACAGAAUCAUGAUUUGGGUUUGUGACGUAGCUACGCCUAAUGCAGAAUACAGUUUGUUAUGUAUUUUGGAACACAUUAUUUAAUUUCUUUAAGGUCUUGCUAAAAUAAACAUGUUCAGUGUAUUAUUUCUAUUAAAUAUUAUUCUGUUUGAUAAGCCUUAAUUGUGUAUCAAUUGAACUCAUGUUAGUGUGGUUAUAACAAA